AACUACUGACAUACAUGUUUCACCUCAAGUUCUAGUAGCUUCAUUAACACCAACAUCAAUGUUGCCGCUAAUCUUUGUCGCAACACCGCCUCGCAAAUAGAAAUAGCAUUAUGUAUCAACUUUCCUAUUUCGUACCAAUUAAUUGCUUUGUUUAGGCGGCUGUACAUCAUAUCUGAUGUUUCAGUUUUCUUUUUCUUAAGUUUCACAUUGGUGUUACUUGCGGCUAACAUCGAUGUAUUCCUAAGAAAUUUUGCAGUUUAAAGUAUCGAGUAAUAUAGAAAGCAAUUUUUAUCUAAUAUUCGAUGAUACGCAGUGUAUCGUAGGUUAAUUUGUCAAUAUUAUUUUAUGGUUAUAUGAUCUAAUUUUUCUCGAAUAAUUGUGUUUUGUUUACAAUAGUUUCUUGUUUACAAUAGUCCGAUGGAAAGCUCUUUCAUGUGUCCAAAAGAGAAGUUAGGGCUAUUUUGGUAAAAUAACAAUGAACUGUCAAUCAUUUCUACAGUAGAUGUAGAAACAGAUCAUUAAAAUAUAUUUCUAUCCCUUUCAAACUUUUGGCUGCCUUUGUUCACACCUCUCAAUGCCCAACUCCUUUUUUGAUUUUUUCUAGCGAUAGAAAAUUAUUUCAGAGAAAAAAAAAAAGAAGUAAUAAUAUCAUAACGAGACAUCCAAGCUCACAAGUCUUCAUCAAUAAUGAAGCCAAGUAUAAAUACUAUAUAUAUUAUGUCGACGGAAACUUAAUUAUAUAUUGUCAUUUUGGCUAAAGUUUACAAUUGUUAAAAAGAGUGAAAAAAGUAACAAAGAGUGUUUAGAACACUAAUAGAUUAUACAAUUCUGGUUCUCCUCAGCUCAUAAGCUUUUAAUUUUGCGUCUAAUCGUAUACAAGAUAGUAAGAUAGCUUCAACUUUUCACGAACUUUUAAAAUAGGUACUGAAAUAGGGGAAACAACGAUUAGAGCUCAUCAAGAGAAUUUAAAUGUAAAUCAUGCAGCUAUUGGUUUCUACAGUCAAUUGUUUUAUAAGCAGAACAAGGCAGAGUCAAAACUUCUCUCAAAAUAACUUUGCGAAGCCCUAAAUUUAAAAUGUAAGACCUAGAUUUAUAUAUAGGACAACUAUACUUUUUGUUAUCUUAAUUAUAUUUAUACCUGAAAGAAGCUGACCAAACGUCUGAUACAAGAUCAGAAGAACAAGUUAUAGAUAUAAAAGAGUCUGUAACUCUGUAUCUAUUUAUUAUCCAUAAAUACUAAUUAUUCCGAAGACCUUCACGAACGUUCAGUUUAGUAUAUGUCCCAAAAAAGCUAUUUAGUUCUUCCGACAUUCAUUUCGGAAUUCGGAAUAUUACAUAGAAAUACCAAACCCAGUAUAUGAAAUAGGGACAAAACAAACAUGGAUACAAAAUGUAAAGGUCUGAAAACUAAAGCCCGCUUAUCUACUCAACCAAUAUAAUAGUAUUUAAGAAAAGAACUAAUACACAUGAUAUAUAUCUUUAAAAAAUAACCCUAUUCUAUAUCUCCCAACCGCACAAACAAAACUUUUAGCUUCUCCGCAUCGACCAAAGAAAGAUCAAGAAUCAAGAAAAAUCCGUGCAAGCGUACAAUAUCGACCGAUCUGUUCAAAAAUGGAUAUGAUUCCACAACUGAUGGAAGGCUCUUCAGCUUACUUAGGUACCUCAAAUCUCAGCAUCAACGCAAACAUCUUGUCCUCCUCCGGAACCACCGCAACACAGCCACCGUCUUCCUCCUCUCCAUCGGCGAACUCAAGCCGUUAUGAGAACCAGAAGAGAAGAGACUGGAACACGUUCGGACAGUACUUAAGGAACCAUCGCCCACCGCUUUCGCUUUCCCGAUGCAGCGGAGCUCACGUGCUGGAGUUUCUCCGUUACUUGGACCAGUUCGGUAAGACAAAAGUCCACACGACCAUUUGUCACUUCUACGGCCAUCCUAAUCCUCCUGCACCGUGUCCUUGUCCUCUCCGUCAAGCUUGGGGAAGUCUCGACGCUCUCAUCGGUCGUCUUCGUGCUGCUUUUGAAGAGAACGGAGGCAAACCCGAGACUAAUCCAUUUGGAGCACGUGCCGUUAGACUUUACCUAAGGGAAGUUAGAGAUACGCAGAGCAAAGCUAGAGGUGUUAGCUACGAGAAGAAGAAGCGAAAGCGUCCUGUUCCUACGUUGUCGGCUUCUUCUUCCUCCGCCGUAGCUAGCCACCAGCAAUUUCAAAUGUUGCCGGUGGUCGUUGUCUAAAAGUAACCGUGAACUACAAGUGGUGUUUAUUGACUUAUAGUGGUUGACAGUGACUGCACUAUCUAUUGUAAGUUUCAUGAAAUUUUCUCAUUAGUUUCUCAACACCCAAAUCUCCCCAAAGAUUUACUGUGGAAUUCGUACCCAGUCACAAACAUUCACAUGCAUACGUGGCAUUCUUGAGUAAAUAUGUUUUUUUUUGUUUUUGUUUCAUCUCCAAACUCAUUUUUGUUGUUCAUGUUUAAUUAAUCAUAGGUUUACUUGUGAAUGAAACGUUUUCUUAUAUCAUCUCUAAGUCACCUCCAUUUAUAUUCAUAUGUUUUCUUCUAAAAUAGAGUACUCUAUUGUAUAUUUCUAUAACAUAAUUCUUCUAAGAAAUAUUAUAAAAUACUAUUUCCAUCUCAAAAUAUAAAGUCGAAAAGUAGUUUUUAUAUAUUUUCUUCUACAAUAGAGAUAUCCUUUUAUGAAAUCAUACAUCGGAGAACAAUCACCUCUAUAAUAGAAAUUUUUAUUUUUUUUUUAAAUGUAAAGAUACUCUUACUCAAUUUCACUGUUUUCAUAACAAAUAUUUAUUCAAGAACAUUGUACAUGUCUAUGUUUUGUUUCUGGAUAAACCUUAGAAUUUGGAGAUAUGGUGAGUGAUAGUUUAUAUAUGUGUAUAUAUAUAUAUAUUUAUUUUUUUAAAUACCAAGAGGUUUAGAGUCGAAACUCGUAAUUCCUUUAAAUUUGAAAAGCAUAGUAUGUAAUAUUAAUUUUGUUUCAGCGGUCAUUCGAACUAGAAACUUUUAACAUAACGACUAGAAGACUCCUUUCCACCUUUAGUGCAUUAAAUUAUAGCAAGACCUAUAUUUUUAAGGUAACCUAUGUGUAAACAUACGUACACCAGAUAUAGGAAUGUGAAUUACUUGAUGCCAUUAACUAAUUAAGGUUCUAAGUAACAUAUGAUAUGAGUCAUGUUAUGUAUGAUCUUUACUCACACCGUAAAUAUUAGAAGUUUUGAGUUUUACAAACCGUACCGCACCGCAAUUAACAAUAACGAAAAUCUUUACAUAUAUUAUAUAUAUAUAUGUUUUUAUAAUUGUAAAAACUGUAACGCAGUUGAACCGUUUGUCCCGUACCGCUCAAUCCACAGGUACCAUUUGGAGAAUUAAUUUUUUUGAAUGACCUGAUUGUAUUGUUUAAUAUAUUAAAUUAAAUAAUCUUAUUUUUAUGCGAUUUAUGUUCGGUCUUUACUCACACUGUCACCCACACCGCAUAUGUUAGAUUAGUUUCCUUUUGAUGACCUGAUUGUAUUGCUGCAUGAAUACUAUAUUAAAAUAGUAAGCACUAUUCAAAGUUGAUAAUUCACGACCAUGGAGUCACUAUAACUGAGGACUGAAGAUCAAUCUGUUUAAUAGCUAUGUAGUCUAAUUGUGAUUGACGAUCAAAUUGCUGAAUAGCUAUGUAGCAUAAUUUUGCUUACUAAUAUAGGAUUUAAAAUAAAAUAUUUGAUAAGAUAAUUCUGAAUAACAUGAAGUAAUAGUAAGCUAUAUAUAUAUGCAAUUCUAAUGACAAUACAAACUAUGAAAUAAUACAUAUUUUCUUUUACUUAAUGAUUUUGUUAAUUCUAUGAUCGGCAUAUUGCACUUUUUAAGUUGCCUAUGUUUUCAAUCAAGACCUACAUAGACAAUAAAGUCCAAAACUCGUAUUUUGAGAUUCGUGAACCAUUUAGGUCUCGUUGUUAUUAGACCACCUCCAAUGUAUUUUGCUAUUUUCACCUCUAAAAUAGGAAACUCUAUAAUAGAGGUGAAAUAUGCUCCAAUGUAUUUCUCUAAAAUAGCAAUCUCUAAAAUAUAGAGUAAAAAAUAGAUAAAUGUUAUUUCUUCCUCUAUAAAUAGAGAAAAAAAAUAGAGAUCUCUAUUAUAGAGGAAGAAAUAGAGGUGGGUUGGAGCAAUUUCACCUCUAAAUACUAUUAUAGAGGUAAAAAUAGCAAUGGAUUGGAGAUGUUCUUAGGGCAGGAUUAUCGGAGGAGGGGGAGGAGUUUUUAGUGGGUUUUUAAGGGAGGGAUGCCACAAAAAGGAAAAAAAACGGGUUGCUAAAAAGCCAGAAUAAAGAUCGAUGUUGGCUGAUUUUUUACACUGUUCGUGGACUUUACUAACACGUGACGACCUGGGAUUGAUUAAUUUUUUUUAUUCAGACAAAAAAAUAAAAAAUAAUAAAAAAUCCAUUUGAGUUUCAGCGUCUAUCAUGGUCUUAACUUUUCUUUUGGACAAAGAAGUCUAGUUAGUUGUUAACUUGUUAUAGUGAAAUAGUUUGUUUGAACAAUAUAUGUAUAAAAUAUAUAUAUUUUAUUUCAGUGAAGGUUUUUGCUGUUUUUUGUAAUAGGUUUCUGAUUUUUCAUAAAAGAGAUGAACUUAUUUAAUACUUAAAAUAAGAAAAUGAAAUUAAAAACGAGAAAGACAACAUGAAAAAGGUAUUGAUUGGACAUAAUUUAUUUUUAAUCUCACUUGUUACCUGAUUUAGUCAAUAACUAUAGUUUAGAUAGCGUCACAACAAUGAGGCCGGCAGAUGAAAUUAUUUUCUUGAAACAUUUGAAGAUCAAAACAACAGAUGUUAAAAAACAUUUUAUAGUACCUAAAACCAUAUAAUGUAAUAUCUUUGGUGUUCUAAGAUCCUCAAUUUCUUUGAAUAAAUGAAAUACUAAAAUAAACAAAAACUUGGAACACAAAAUAAUUUUAAAAAUUAUUUUGGCAGAUUGUGUAAUGUUGCAUUAUUCAUAAGAGGUAGCGCCAAAGUUCUGUCUCUCACUUGUCUUGUCUCUGUAAGUUGUUCCUCGCAGGGCACUCAAAGACCCCAACAUUCAACUUUUAUUGAUUCUUGUCCAUUUUAUGAAUUUUCUCAGUUUAAAAAAUCUAUUUCAAAAGUGAGAAAACAAUUCUGUAAUUUUUUUUUUUGAAUUUAACAAUUCUGCAAUUCUACAUUUCAGUUCCCCUAAAGUCUUAAAAUCCACAGUUUUAGGGUUCAUAAAUCAAGAGCUGAAAAUAUCUUGACUUAUUAUGUCUUGUGUCUUUCAGUCAUACUUUUCUAUGUGAAAAUCUCAAUAUAACUGUUAUAAAAGAUUCAAUGCGAGUUUUAAUUUAGUUAGUCCCUUUUUUUAAUUUAGUUAGUCCCUCAUCAACAAUAUUAACACGUUAUAAUAGAUUACACACAUCAUAAGAUAGUGAUCAACACAUAUAAUUUACUUAUGCUCAAAGUUUUUAGAGAAUAUUCAAUAAUUACUGUGCCAAAUAAAGUUUCAUCUUUUUCUUUUCAUAUUUUAAACUUUUCAGACAUUCUGCCUACUUUUUAUAAUGAUGGUUUUAAACCAACGGUCAACAUUUCAUACAAAACUACACCAAGUAUAAAUAGUUUUUUUAUUUAAAACAUUUACGUGAUAUAUGAAUAACCUGCUUUUCAACGGUUGACAACUGAUCAUAAUUGUUUUUCUUCUUUUUCAAAAAACACAAUCAUAUUGAGUCAGUGUUCCCUUUAGACUCUACCGACAAUAAUAUUUUUCCAAAAUUUGAUAAGUCUAUACAAGGUUUCUACUUCGAGCUAUAACAAUGCGUUUGCACAGAUCUCUAUGCAUGUUUUUGCACAUAUUUCUACUUCGAGCUACAUGCGGUUCAUACUUGCAUUUUUAGUUCACUUUGCCAAUUAAAAUAAAACUUUGUUCCAGUAACAUAGCUCACUUAAACGGCUCUCGAGUGAUCGACAUGAAAAACCAUCACUUAUAACAAACACAUAAACUUCAUUUCAUUUCAUCUAUGAGAUUUUUCACCAGCAGUUACCACUCAACUACGAGAAUAUAUUUUGUAGAUUUGAUCUGGAUUAGGAGUGAGCACUACCAUGACUUGGUCUUUCGACUUUAGAUACAGAAUCUUGACCUUUGCAUAUAAGGUUAGAACAAAAAGAAAGAGCUUUAAGCCCUUUCUCAAAAAAAAAAAAAAAAAGAAAGAGCUUUCAAGAAUCAACGCACACACGUCAGUUCAAAAAAAAAAAAUCAACACACCCAUUUAAUUAUUAUCACCACUAGGGGGUUUUCCGGGCUACACCCGGAUUUUUUCCUAUAGUAUUAGUUUAAUUUUUAUAUUUAUAUUUUUAAAACGAACAAAUAUGAUAUACACUGAAACUUGUUAUAGAAUUAUAAACAUAAAUGUAAAUUUAAAACUAUUUGAAAUCAUUUGUUGUGUUUUAUUGGAGUUUUAUGUAGGAUAUUAGUAAGAUUAAUAAAAAGUUAACUAAAUUAUAACUUAAGAUCUAUAUAUAUUCUUUAUCUUGGUUAUUUAUUUUUAUGUAAAAAAUUGUAAAGCUUAUAAUUAGUACUGUAUAAAUUUUGAUUGGUUUUAAAAUUACAAAGUUUUAUUUUUGUUACUUGUCUUUAAAAGAAAGCACCACCGACUUGUAUACCGGUUCUUUAUUUGUUGUCUUCAAUUUAUCGUUUUAACCAAAAUAAUUUUGUCAACCUUUUUAACCAAAAUUUAAAUUUAAUAUUUAUUGUUGCUAUUUAAUUUCUGUGUUUUUCUUAAGUUUGUUUGUGAUAGAAAGAAAAUUUUACUUCAUGAUUUGAAAUAUUAUUAGUUGUAAAUUUAUAGAAGAUUUACUUUCUUACCGUUGUUGAUGUAAUAUUAAUUUUACAGUUUCUUAUUUUAAUUAUCUAAUUAAUCAGAUUUUUGGAAAUAAUUUUGAAUAUUAAUACUAUUAUUUGAUGUUCUAGCUUUUUUUUCUGUUUGCUGGAUAGUGUUUGUGUGCUCGGUUAUUAUGCAAGGCUGAGAUACUUGCUCAAACAUGGUCUUGAAUGACCUCUCGAAAACAGGUAUGAGUGAGGACUUCAAACCCAACUUAAAAGCUUUCUGAAAUUUUAUAAAUGGUAGAUAUAUAUAAAAAUUAUCAUUGUCUAAGGUCUGGAAUUAGGUUUAGGUUAUCAAAAAUGGUAAACCUAAGAGAUAAAUAUGUAUAUCACAUGUAAAAACACUUGAGGUUAAGCACUUUGCAGUUGCACAUGUGAGAAAUAUAGAGCAAACAAUAUCCAUAAAUAAAUAUGAAUAAUAACUUUUCAUAUUUUCAAUUUAUUUAUAUAUAUUAAAAUUAUUAAAGAUUAUAUAAACUAUGUUCUAAGGAAAAAUAUAUGUCAUAAGAUAUUUAUUAGUUAACCAUCUCAUGAUUAAACACUGAUUUAACGAAGAAAUAAUUAUUAAAACGAUACUUCAUUUCGAAGUCCACCAAAAGACCAGCUCGCAAAAAAUGGAAUGCUAGCCCAAUUAUAAAAUGACUGUAUCAAGUUUGUAAUGGACCAAUUUUGAUGUCAUACCCAAACAUUUAAAUGAUAACACGUUUGUUGAAACUUUGGCUGGGAGAAUAGCCAACAUGUAAUAAUAAAUUAAUCAGCCCAUUCAUGGCAACCUUUCGCACAAUACUUGUUUUCAGACUCUCAGUCAACCUCUCACAUAAUUUCUUUGUCUCACAUAAUGACCUGUCUUUUGGGAAAGUAAAUCAUGAAUGUACAAUCAGGAGUCAAAAUAGAAGUGGAGAGCUUUCGGCUGGAAAGUAAACCGAUACAAUAAAUCCAUAUAAACGGCUACAUAAGAGAUGUGUGAAAUGAAUGGAAGUUAAUCUUGAAUUCACAGUAUCAACUAACCAAUGAUCUAUCAUUCAUUUCACAACUCGAUGAAUUUUUCUAGGUAGGUAACAUACACUGUUGGGAUUCUUGAGUAUUUGAGCUUCAUCAGUUACCACGGAACCUGAGAAAGGAAGUCUUGAUCCACCAAUGCUAUAUCAUACGUUGUCAACAACACAUCAAACGGUAACAAAGAUUUCUGAAACAAAACAAACAAAACAAUAUAAUUAUACACAGCUGAUAAACCCAAAGUUUCUUGAGAAAGACAAAAAAAUUUACUCUCGUCUUAGAGCCCUUGUUGACAUAAUCAUGCAUUACCUUACGCAAAUCCCUACAAAUCCCUACGGCAAUCCUUAUCACCAACAUACCUAAAAACUUCAAGUUCUGGAGUGAACCUUUUACCCAACCAUCGGUUAUGUUAAAAGAACAAAGCAAAAC